AUGGAGCCAAGCCAUAUCUUUCAAAAUGGUAGUCGCCGAAUCUGGCGGAAGUUUCGAGGGAAGUCUGCAGUUAGAGGACGACGGAGCUCUGCAUUAGUGUUGCACCGUAGUGGCUGUCAGUCCAAGUGUCAUGGUGUGCAGGAUGCACAGGCCAAAGCGCGGGCAUCUUUGCAGGUUGGUCUUCGUGUUCUCCGGAAUGCGCAGGCACCGAACAGCGGUUCCACUGCACAAGGCACUGAAGGCACUGCAGCUGCUUUGGCUGUGCAGCCUUCUCUUUUGCACGCGUUUCCGGACUUGGCCCUCCCGCCAUGCUUGGAUUCCGUCGGUGUGAAAUUUGUUUUUGACUUCAUGACGAUUCAUGACCAUGAGUCCUUAAGAUUGGUGUGGGUUGUAAUCUUCAUUCGUUAG